AUGCCCUCAUACUUUUAUCAUCUCGCGAUUGAAUUAUUCGCACGUCCUCUCACUGACCUUGGAGUUGCUUCCUGUGUGUACGAUCAGUCGACCUCACUAUCGUUUGACUCCGCAUGCGAAGCUCUACGCCCGUUCCAGAGGCCAAUCCGGCACUCAAGUCGACGCUCACGCGCUUCUCCCAGCGAUAAGAGCAAAUGUCCCCCCUCUCCGAAUCUACCUAUCAGAUCAUCGUCGAGCUCAGUUAGCAAUACCCGCGUCGUCGAUAACGCCAUCCCUACGACCAGUAAUAAUACCACUACCUCUCAUCCUUACACAAAAUCGCAUAGCAGCGCUACCGAUAUCCAACACGACCAGCGACUGGACAAAGUCUCCAUCGAGUGCAUUGACAUGGUAUCUCUAUCCGAGAGAGAAGACCCCACAACAACGCCCUCUUCGAAACGGAAGGUCCAUUUCACGGAUAACCCCGUCACCACGGGCAUCGGGACGGAUAUCCUUGGUGGACUCCGGACGAAGGGGCGGUACAUACCACUUGACCAGGAAACGACGGAUAGUGUCUGGGGUAUAGUGCAUUUGUAUCGAGAUGCGCAGGAGACUCCGUAUUUGAUUGAUGAUGACUAUCCGUCGGAGUUGAAGGGGUCGUCGGCUGUGGCGAGGCAGCCGGGGGAUCAGGUUGGAUAUUAUGGAGAGACUCGUGUGGAGGGGGAUUCGCCGGAUGAGGAGUGCACGACGUUGUGUAUAUUGGCUGUGCCGUCGUAUUUGUCGCCGUCGGAUUUUCUGGGGUUUGUGGGGGAGACGACUAUGGAUGACGUUAGUCAUUUUCGAAUGAUUAGGACGGCGAGGGCGAAUCGGUAUAUGGUUUUGAUGAAGUUCCGAAGUGGGAAGAAAGCCAAGGAGUGGCAGAAGGUGUGGAAUGGGAAGGUUUUUAAUAGUAUGGAGCCCGAAACUUGCCAUGUUGUAUUCGUGAAUACGGUUGAGAUUCAGGCCGUAGAACCUGGUACGCCGUCAGGGAUUGGCAGCUCAUUCCAAAACACCCUUGCCACAAAUAGUCCCAAGAGAGGAAGUGUCUCUUCUCAAAACCAAUCGAACCCUAUACCCUCUGCAACUCUAUCUACCAAACCUCUCGCACCGCGAACACCUUCGCUCAUAGAGUUACCGACCUGUCCAGUCUGUCUCGAACGCAUGGACGAGACCACCGGUUUACUGACCAUCAUCUGCCAACACGUCUUCCAUUGUACAUGUCUACAGAAAUGGAAAGGCAGCGGCUGCCCGGUAUGCCGCUACACACAGGAUGACUUCCGCAGAAACAGCCAGAGUCUAUCCCUCGAAGACGAUCCAGCUGAAUGUCACGUAUGUCACUCAGAUAUCAACCUCUGGAUCUGUCUGGUCUGCGGAACGGUUGGCUGCGGUCGUUACGACGGCGCACACGCCUACGAACACUUCAAAGAAAGUACGCAUGCCUUUUCAAUGGACCUUUCCACACAACGUGUCUGGGACUACGUCGGAGACGCCUAUGUCCACCGCAUCAUCCAAAACAAAGGCGAUGGCAAACUCGUGGAACUACCAGCAGCAGAUAACAGUGCCCUUGACCCACCAGACUGGACCGACGCCGUACCCCGCGAGAAACUUGAAAACAUGUCCGUCGAAUACACACACCUCCUAACCUCUCAACUCGAAAGCCAACGCGCCUAUUUCGAAGAAGUCGUCGAACGAGCCGCAGACAAAGCAUCCCAAGCAUCCGCCGCAGCCUCGUCGGCUCAAGAAGCCGCCGAAAAAGCCACCUUAGCCCUCACAAACCUCCAAUCCCAACACGACAAGCUAAAUCACGAGACACUUCCCGGUAUUGAGCGCGAUAAAUCCCGUGCCGAGAAACGAGCUGAAAAGUUCGAGGGCAUGGCACGGAAGCUGGAGAAGGAGUGGCGCGAGGAGAAGACGAUGAAUGAGAGUCUUCUGAAGAGGAUUGAGUUCCUGUCGACGGAGAUGGAGGGGCUUAAAGAGACGAAUACGGAUUUGAGUGAGCAGAAUCGGGAUCUUACAUUUUUUAUUAGUGGGUCGCAGCGGUUGAUGGAUCAGGGGGAGGAUGUGCAGCAGGGGACUGUUAGUGUUCCGGAGCCUGAGGUGAAGGGUAAGAAGAAGAAAGGGAAGGGGAAGGGGCGUGGGUGA